UGCUCGACCCAAUGCCAAUGCUAGGCCGAGUCACCGGCCACCGCCACGGUCCAGCCGAUCCCGCCCCGAUUCCAAUCCGAAGCCGCCGCGGCGGCUCCGGAGCCGCGCCGCAGGCCGCACCCCUACUCCCUCCCCCAUGUCCCUUACGCACCACCUCGCCGCCGGCGACCUCCUCAACGCCCUCCGCGGGGCCGCCUGCCCGUCAUCGGCGCUCCAUAUCUACUCCCUCCUCCGCCUCCGGCUCCGCCCCUCGGACCCCUCCUCCUUCUCCUGGCGCGCUGCCGUGCUCGCGCUGAAGCCCCUCUCGGCCGCCGCCUCCCUCCCGCUCCUCUCCCACUUCCACGGCCACCUCCUCAGGUCGAACCUCCUCGCCUACCCCCACGUCGCCUCCUCACUGCUCCGCUCUUACUCGCUCCUCUCGCCGCCCGCCGCACACCAACUGUUCGAUCAAAUACCCGCUGCCACCUGCAACCUCUACGUCCUCAAUGUCAUGCUCGCGUCCCUGUGCCGCGCCUCCAACAUCGAUUCUGCGCGCGCAUUCUUCGACGGCAUCCCCGACAAGGACGUCGUGUCUUGGUCGACCAUGCUCGCUUGCUAUUUCUCGCAUGGUCGCCUGGCUGACGGGCUUGCCUUCUUCCGUACAGUGACGUUCACCACCGAAGUUGCUGCAGAUUACGUAAUGCUCGUCAUCCUCCUCACGGCCUGCGCAUCAGCUGGCUUGCUGCCGCCGUUCUGCAGGGCCGUUCACGGGUAUGUUGUACGUCGUGGCGUCCCUGCCAGUAUGCACCUCGGGACGGCGCUCAUUGAUUGCUAUGCCAAGGCUGGCCGCCUUGACUACGCUUCCCGUGUGUUUGCUUGGGUACCUUCGAGGAAUGUGAUGCACUGGACAGCUAUGAUCUGUGGUAUGGCUGCGCACCUGCGCAACGAUGAGGCUGUUCAGCUGUUUGUGGAAAUGUGUCAAAGAAGAGUACAACCAAAUGAGAUGACAUUCACAGCCGUGCUCAGCGCAUGUGGGCAAGCUGGGCUGGUGGAGAAAGGGAGGGAGUUCUUUGAACUUAUGGUUGACAGAUAUUGCCUUGAGCCAAAUAUACAUCACUAUGGGUGCAUGGUUGAUCUCUAUGCAAAGGCAGGGAUGUUGGAGGAUGCUUAUGAAGUAAUCAAAACCAUGAGAGUGGAGCCAAAUGUCAUCAUCUGGACAUCUUUGUUAGCGGCAUGCAAGAAAUUCAAGAAUUUUGACAUUGCUGUGGAGGGAUUGGAGAAAGCAUUGGCAAUGGAGAUAUCUGAUGAAAACACUGGAUUAUAUAUGUUGAUAUCUGAUCUUUAUGCUAUGGGUGGACGGUGGGAUGAUGUGAUGAAGGUUAGGAAUUUGAUGGAGGAGCGUAAUGUGAGGAAGAACAGAGGUAUGAGCUCUAUUAAAGUGGAUGAACCCCAGGAAUUAUCAUCUGCUACAGUCAGUUGAUUCUUGACUUUGUUUUAAUACCUCCAAACUUUUUGGUGGACUGGUGAACACUAGACUCUUUAAUUUAUCUGAUUGUGGAGGUAUUCAGGGGAUAGGUCUGCUUGUUGCUUGAUGUGAUCCAAAAUAGAAAAAACAGCAAGAUGAAUUCCACCCAAAUCUUUUUGAAUUGUAUUGACAUAAUGUACUGGGUAUGGUCCAGUGGGAUGAUAUACGGAGAUAUUGGAAAAAGGAUCUAGGUUAUACAGAUGAUUCAUGUGCA